AUUUUUCAUCAUUAUCAGUUAUAAUCAGAACAGGAAAAAAAGAACGCCCAAACGUGAAGAAAAAAAAAGACAACGUGGAACAUUGGAACAUGGUAUUAAGAAAUCUAAUCCAACAAAAAAUAGAAAAAAAAACGUAACGAAAUUAAAACACAAAAUUCCAACAACAACAACAACAACAACAAAAACGGCCAUUACGACCGGAAAUUUCAAGUCUGAUUAUAAUUUUUUUUUUAUAUUAGAAAAUUAAAUUGUCAAGAAAAUCAACAACAACAACAACAACAACAAUGAACCUUGAUACAAUAUAUCUGAAUGUUGGUGGUCAAAAAUAUACCACACAAAGGGAAACAUUAUUAUUUAUACCGGAAUCACGUUUAGCAACAUGGUUUCGUAUACAAACAGCCACAAAUGAAAAUAAUAAUAAUAAUAAUGAUACGACAAGAAUGAAAUCCAUACAAAACAUAACAACAACAACAACAACCACCACCACCAAUAUCAACAUCAACAACAACAACAUAUUAUCAUCAUCAACAUCAUCCACAUCGACAACAACAACAACGGCAACAACAACAGCAACAGCAACAACAUUCGAUACAAAUGAUGUAAUCAGUAAAGAUUCCAAGGGACGAUACGUGAUAGAUCGUGAUGGUUGCCUAUUUCGUCAUAUAUUAAAUUAUUUACGUAAUAAAGGAAUGGUUACAUUGCCUGAACAUUUUAUGGAACAUCGAUUAUUACGUAUGGAAGCCGAAUAUUAUGGUCUUGAUGAUUUAGCUAAAGCAUUGAUUUCACCGAUGCCACGUUCACCAAUAUUAACCAAUAAUAAUGGUAGUAGCCAUGGUGGUUAUGGUAUUGUUAAAGGAACUGGUGGUCCUGGCUACAUAACAGUCGGUUAUCGUGGUUCAUUUGCAUUUGGUCGUGAUGGAUUAGCUGAUGUUAAAUUUCGAAAAUUAACAAAAAUUCUUGUAUCUGGCCGUGUGGCCUUAUGUCGUGAGAUUUUUGGUGAUACAUUGAAUGAAUCACGUGAUCCUGAUCAUUGUGACGAUGACAAUCGUUAUACGGCUAGAUUUUUUCUCAAACAUUUAUGUCUUGAACAGGCAUUCGAUUUUUUACAGGAAUCCGGUUUUCGUAUGGUCGGUUCAUGUGGUUCCGGUACAUCAAGUACACCAGCAAAUGAACCAGUUAAACCUGGUAUUGAUGCAGAAGAAACACGAUGGAAUCAUUAUAAUGAAUUUGUAUUUUGUCGUCCAUGAACCAAAAAAAAAAAAAAAAAAAAAAAAA